GAGAGCAGGUCGAGAAUUGGACCGUCAGUAAGUGUCACGAUCAGCCAUGGAGCAGUUCUACUGCGUGUUCGCGCUUGUUAUAGCAGUGUGUUACCUUCUGUACUAUUAUUCUACGAGUACGUUCAAUUAUUGGCAAAAUAAAUCAAUACCAUGUGCAAGUGGGGCCGUACCAGGACUCGGACACAUGUGGCCUUUGGCUUUCAUGACGAAGAAUUCGGCUGAUAUGUAUCAGGACUAUUACAACCAGUUUCCGGAGAGCAGUAUGGUUGGUUUCUACAAUUUGCGAACUCCAGCUUUGAUCCUGCGCGAUCCGGAAUUGGUGAAGAACGUGCUGACGAAGAAUUUCCAAAAUUUUGCUGAGAACGCUUUUGACAUAGACAAAAACCUCGACCCCCUGAUGGGUGUCAAUCCAUUCUUCGUCAAUGAAGAACGCUGGAAAACUUCACGGCAGCAGCUAAGCUCCGCCUUUACGUCGGGUAAGCUGAAAUAUUUAUACACGUCCGUGCAAGAGGUCUGCGACAGCAUGUCAUCCUAUUUAAAAAGAUCAUGCAGCAAAAGUGGCGAAAAAGUGCAGUUGGAACUGAAAGAUCUUUGCUCAAAGUUUACCGCGGACGUCGUAGCUACUGCGGCGUUUGGUGUUGAAGGCGGUAGUUUCAUCAGCGAGAAAGACGGACCGUUCAGAGAAAUAGGGAGAAUGAUGUUCGAACCGUCGUUUUGGAAAGGAAUGAAGCAAAUAUUCGUCUUUUUCAUUCCGAUUGCCGCUCAAAUCUUCAGGAUGCGCGUCAUACCGACUAAGGCAGAUAAGUUCUUCAGAGGCAUCGUAAAAGACGUGCUGAGGCAGAGAGAGGCACAUGGCAUCGAGCGACCCGACUUUUUGCAACUGAUGAUCCAGGCAAAGACUCUCGGAAAAGUUGACCCCAUUUUCAAUGAAGAAUACAACGAUGAUGUGAUCACUUCUCACGCCUCCUCGUUUUUCGUUGAUGGUUACGAAACGUCUAGCAUUGUCAUGAGCUUUGCCCUCUAUCAGGUAGCCGCUCACCCUGAAGUCCAACAGCGCCUUCGCGAGGAAGUGAAUGCCGUUAUCGAAAAACAUGGUUCUCUAACCUACGAGGCUCUUCAAGAUAUGUCGUACAUGGAUAUGGUUCUCAACGAGUCAGCGCGACUCUUUCCUCCCUUUGCUACUAUGAUGAAACGCUGCACAAAGGAAAUCGAGCUCACUGGUUCGGACGGGAUUACUUGUCAAGUCACUCCUGGGACAAAUGUUGUUAUAAUCACUACAGGCUUACAUAGGGACCCCAGGUUCUGGCCAAAUCCUGAUGUAUUCGACCCGGAACGUUUUUCUGAGGAGAACAAAGAAGGGCGAAACAAAUACAUAUUUCUUCCUUUCGGGGAAGGUUAUCGCAUCUGUCCCGGCCAGAGGUUGGCUACUCUUCAGAUAAAGGCUGGUAUUGCGACGAUCAUUCGAAAAUACACCUUGGACGUAUCGCCGCGGACAAAAGAGCCAAUCCAACUCGACCCUAGAUAUUUCAUGAUUUCUCCACUCGGAGGACUCUGGGCAAAUCUAAAGCCCAUUUAAAAAGUCUGUUACAGGCAGUAAGUUGCACUGAUCCAAGGCCUCUCAAUUGAUCAGGUAUAGUUGGGGCGGCCUCAAAUAGGACUGUGUAUUUUUUUAAAAUCCAAAUUAUUCUCAACCAUAAAUAGUCAACUAAUAUAUUUUUAGUCGUAACAAUAGGUUAUUGCUGUAUUUAAUGGAGGUGUUACUGUAUACAGAUGAGAGGCUUAGAUUAAAUUAGGCUGUUGAAACAGAACUAGCCAGAUUGAUUGUGCAUUUUUUUUUAAAUUUGUCAUCUUAGUGUCUUGCCGCAAGCUACCCGUCCCUUUUCAUUAGAACCACGCUACGUGAUAUUACCUACGAUUUCCGGUCUCCAAUUUAACGGAGGCGUGUAUAGGCCUACUUAGGAAUUUAUAUCUCACGUAAAUAUUAUUUGUGAAACGGACGUUUGCACGCAUACGCUGGUCAUAUGCAUGACGCCUUUAUGAGGGGUUACCUACAAUGUGUCCACGAUUACAUCCCUUGACAAUAUCGCUGAACGGUAAAAUACUGCCGUUGAAUUUCGACAAGCUUAUCGUUGAACACUUCGGAUUGAAUCUCAGUAGGUACUUGAAACGAAGCGUUACUCUCGUUUAAAAUACAAUGCAGCCAGCAGCACGUACAGUCUGGUAGAAAGGACUUUUUUAAUCUUACAAAUUUUCUGCUUCCGUUUUUUGAAUUUAUCGUUCUCGUAAAGAUGCCAUUCACAAUAAAAUUCGAUAUAAAUUUGUCGAGGGCCUAAAGAUUUCAUGACUAUAGUGACGCACGAGCUACAGAAUCGAGACAAGAGUAGAAUAUACAUGUCAAUGUGAAAGGGAUUCAGGCUUGCUGCAAAAAUGCUAAUUGAUCACGAGCUUUAAGGUAGUCACGUAAACGUAACGAAACAUCAAAGAAACCACUUUUAGAAUUUUAGAAUGACUUGCAAUGAGCUGAGUUGAUUAACUAAUAUGUAUUGCAUUGUGUAGCUUUCUCCUUAUUACAGUCUACCGCAGUUAAGAUAAUCCUGAAAUAUGGAAACAACGAUUUUCCUCAAAACUGCAUUGAUACGUUGAACUUACGAAUCUCAAUCUCAUGAUUGAUUUCACUCGGAUGUAGAAAAUAUUGUCGAGUCGAUAACGCGUGGUGCAAUUAUAACACGAAUUUGAAUUAUUUAUACCAUUCAAACCGCUCAUCUACAGAAUUCUUGAAAUCGUGAUCACGUAUGAAAGAUAGUUCCUCGACGAUACAUGGAACAACAAAUAAUGAAAUCUUGUUAAGCACAUCGCUAGGUUGUGAUAUUGUAAAAUUAAAUGAGUGAGGUGAUAUUGACCAGAAACACUUGUAAUGUGAUAUAAAUGUAUGGGCGUAUAGAAUAAACAUAUUCUUCUUAUUUGCAUCGGAAGAACUUUUGCACGAUAGAAUCUUCAAUUAAUAAUGAAUUAAAUUGAAGUAUAAUGAUGGUCAUCAAUCCAUCCCUCCCUUACACAGGUACAGUCUACCGGGGACAUAUCCUGUCGGAUAUGGCGGAUGUCGGUAGUGAUUAUGAUUACGAUUAUAAAGUUCCGAAUUGUUGAUACUGUGGUCACAGAGAACUGUGAACGUACUUAUAUUUUAAUGACAUUAAAGAAAAACAACAAAUAUUGUAUAAGCAUGGUAAACAAUUGAAAACUUGUAAAUUGUGCACCAGAUAAUGAAUUAACGAAAUUGCAGCAUUUGUCAAUGUUUACCGAUGUAAGGAUGGUUGAUGAUGAAAGUUUUUGAUUAAACUGAAAUUAUCCGCUACUAA